AUAUUAGCAGGAUUCCUAAUAAUGAGAUUGUAAGCUUAAACCUUCAAUUUAUUAUCAGAAUUAAUGUGUUAAGGCUGAUAAUGUCUCCGUCUCUCUGAUUCUCUCUCUCAGUCUUUGUUUCUCUCAUUCUCUCUCUCUUAGUCUGUCUCUAUCUUGUAUUUGUGCAGGUGGGAAUUCACGCACCUGAUAGUCAUGGGUGAGUCAGUGCAGGCUGAGGUGUGAGAGGUGACGUAAGGUGGUGUGUCAUGGGCAAAGGCUCUGCGUUUUGUUUGGGCAUAUCCUACUGUUUAAGGACAAGGGGCUGGAUAUACUUGUUUUUUUUAUCAGCUCAGGGUCAAUGGGGUAGUAUAAAUGUGCCUUAGAGUAACUGCAAUUGUUCUUCAGCUGCCCUGCAUUUACUGGAGGUCAGCAUACCUGGUGGCUGUACAGGCGCUCACAACUGCCUUUUCUCCUUCGACGGAACAAGAUGUUCCCUCUCGCCCUCUUCGUCGCCCUCGCCUUGGGUGGCACCGAUGCGCAGAGCCGGCUUGGAACGUACAAGGUGGACCUGGCGGCAGUGUCAGUGUCGGGGCUGUCUUCGGGCGGCUGCAUGGCCACUCAGUUCCACGUGGCCCACUCCAAGAGCAUCAUGGGCGUCGCGGUAAUCGCAGGGGCUCCCUACUACUGCGCACAGAACAGCGCGCUCACAGCCACGGGGACGUGCAUGAAGAAGCCAGAGAGCGUGGCCGUCUCCUACCUGCAGCAGGUGACGCGCAAUGCCCAAAACAUCCUGUCCAUCGACCACACGUCGCACAUGAGCUCGGCGCGCGUCUUCCUGUUCGCGGGCACCAAGGACUCCACCGUCCACCCGGGGAUCAUUGGCAAGGUGCAGGAGUACUAUCAGGAAUUUGUGACCGCGGCAGGCUCCAUCCGCACCGUCCUGGACAUCCCCGCUGAGCAUGGCUUUCCCACGGUGAGCGCGGGAGGAGCGUGUGGCUCCCAAAAUGCAGACUACAUCAACAGCUGUGGCUACCACGCCGCCUUUGAACUCCUCAACCACAUCUACGGAGGGGGCCUCCAGAGGCCAAGCGAGUCUCAUCAACCUGAGGGAGAGCUUAUUAACUUCGACCAAAAGGAAUAUUUCAAUUUCUCCCCGCCCUCCUCGUAUGGCAUGGACAACAGCGGGUACGCGUACGUGCCGCGCGCGUGUGCGGCUGGAAACGUGUGCAAACUUCACAUCGCGUUUCAUGGCUGCAAGCAGGGAAAGGAAAAUCUGGGAGAUAAGUACGCACGGCUGCUGGGCUACAACGAGGUUGGAGACCUCAACAACAUCAUCAUCCUGUACCCACAGGCGCGAUCCACUCUCUCCAAUCCCAUGGGAUGCUGGGACUGGUGGGGCUACACUGGAACAGCUUAUGCUUCAGGCAGUGGCUUUCAGGUGACUGGAGUGAAGAGGAUGAUGGAUCGUAUUACGGGCUAAGAAAGACAUCAUCAUCAUCAUCCAAAUCAUAAACAUCAAAUUCAUCACCCCGACGAGUGUCUCAAUGCUUAAAUGACAAAUGUAGAUGCAAACAUUUCCACUGGUGAACCUGAACUUGUAGUGCGAAUUAAAUAUUCCCAGGGCCUAGACCACUCUCCUCAUUGGACAACCUAUGCUGACCUGCAGGUACUGUAUUCACUUAUCGUAAUACUAGCAUUACAAUCCUGAAACGCCCCACAAGUAUAAUCACAUUGCCAGUAAUUGAUGAUAAGUAAGUAAUGGCCAUCACAUCAUCAUGGUCUGUGUCAUCAUCUUGAACAUGACAUUGCCUUUAAAAGCGAGCAUAUAUCUUGCUGAGUUUUGCUUUUAUAUAUGAUGCCACCGAUUGUUGUUGGCGAUGAUAUUUUUACACGCAACACUGUGCAUUUCACUAACGAUUCUCAAGUGAUACUUGGUAUUGCGUUAAUAGGAUGAAUAUCGGUACCCGCAUGCACAUAUCAAGAUGUGAAUAAUGAUCCGGUAACGAGGUCACACGCUUAAUAAACAUAGAAUCGGCACUGUCAUGACAUCUUCAUUGUCAUCACUUUAAUAUCAUCAACAGUAUUGUGAUAUUGCAAUCUAUAUGACAUGGUUUAAUGAAUAGAAAAAUACUGUCCUUUACAGGUUGUUAUCGGAUGAUUAAAACAUUUUAAAAUGCAAAUGGAUUAUACAAGGGAGACCUGGCAGCCCAGUUAUGCGGUGAUCGUCUUAUUUUUCCAUUUGCGAAUGACCCUGGCAGACACAUCAAAGAAAUGUUUCAAUGGUGAUAUUAUCAGAGAUCUUUCCGACUGCAAUCACCAGACAGCGCAUGUUAUUCGGGUUGUGUGUAGAAUGGUUCGCCACGUGUACGUACUCUGGUCUGACAAGGGAAAUUGAGUUAAACCCUAUGGCUAAGCGAAAUAAUGUUGAACUACGCAUUUAGGUCGUGAAUUGUGCGCAACUAAUGUGGAUCUCAAUGAUAAUUGUCCUUUGUUUAGUCAGGUUAAAGCUCAAUGUGAUUUUUGUUCAACUAUCAGGAUCUUUAGAAUAGUUCUUACUUUACAAAAGCAUACUUUAUUUGGAGGUAACGUAAAUUGUUGAGCUUGGGUAAAGAUAUUACAGGACACUACUGUGAAAUAGUCAAAAUCGCUGCAAUCAUCACGAUUAUAAUCAUGAUGUGAUUUUUACAAGCUAGCGUCAAUCUUAGUUUCUGAAAAUCUAAUGAUAUUGUCCAUAUCACGGUAUACUUUAACAUAAAACUAUAAAUCCAAUGCAACAUGUUAAUAAAGUUCUACAUUGGCAGUUCUGGUUGUGGUCUCCCUCAGCCUUGUAUGGUUCUCAAGCUGACAGAUCAGUUGGUUAUUAGUUGAUUGCGUUUAACGCCUGUCAAGUCUGCGAUAUUCUGAAUUCCAGCCUUCCUUGGGCGCUCUCUUAGACCAUGAGCCAGGGCCGGAUAUUUUACUUGUCGGUACCACCUGAGGUGCCAUCACUUUGCUGGUUUCAAUUUCUUGAAUGUGGUCAGCAACAGUGACUUACGUGAUAACCAUUUGAAAUGAGUGUCGUUCUCAAUUAAUUAACUCGUAUUCGCCAAAUAAAUAAAUACGACUCGAGUUUUUCGAUCUCAGGCGGUAAGCAAUUUCUGCUCUGGUCCGUGGACUCGUCGUGUAAGGUCGAACAGAGUGCACACGUGUGGCUGUGUAUGUAGCAGCACCUGGUUGUGUGACCGCGGCAGACAACGAUAGGCCCAAGAGAAUGCAAUUAGUGGCUCCGUUUAAUAUGUAGGCAUUCGCGACCAAUAUUAUUCAUAAUAAUUCGCUAUUAUGGCAAAAUAGUCCGAUGAAGUUGGUUGUAUUCACCCGUGAAACGUCGUACUAAAGUUGUAAUUGUUGAAAGUUUACUCUCCAACACACCGGUGUGCUGAAGUAGUAACCAAAUGUCUGGA